AGCAGAGAAAGAAAGUGAAAGUGCAAGAGGAAGCGAUCAGAAAAGUCCCUGAGUUCCUUACUGCAUUCAUCUCACUCAUCUAAUCCGACUUUUACUGCGCAAAACUCCUUAAACAUGUCCAAAUUUAAGAUCAGCCGUGACAACGAGCUAAAGGUUCAAAACUUCCGCCAUUCACUGUAUCAGAAGGCAGAAGAUCUUUUCUCAAAUCAUAUUCCAAAGAAGAUUUCCCAGUUGGACAAUGUGAUUCAGGAGGAGGAACUGUGCGUCUCAGAUCUCUCUUCCCUCCAUGCGGCACUUGAUAUCCCUAUCCCCGAUCCUCCAAGCCCGGAAGAGGAGGAAAUGGAAACAGACAAGAAUGAAGAAGAGGAGAAGAAGAAGAAACGUCCUGUGUGUGGCUUCAUCAAAGGAAAUGAAAAGAUCAUGAAGCUGCUGGAUUUGGUGAAGCCUGAGAUUACGGGGCUUAAAGAGACCUGCAUCACUGUUUCUUGCUGGAUUUCACUCCUGAUUCCUAAGAUUGAGGAUGGAAAUGACUUUGGAGUUGCAAUUCAGGAGAAAAUCCUGGAGAGAAUUGCAGCUGUGAAAACCAAACUGGAAGGAUUUCAGACAAACAUUAACAAAUAUUUCUCAGAGAGAGGCGAUGCUGUGGCCAAAGCUUCCAAAGACAUGCAUGUGAUGGACUAUCGCUCGCUCAUCCAUGAGAAAGACGAAGCAGCAUACUGCGAGAUCCGCGUCAUCUUACUGGACAUACGCGGCUAUUACGCAGAGCUGUAUGACAUCAUCAGUAAGAACCUGGAGAAGGUGGUGAACCCAAAAGGAGAAGAGAAGCCCUGCAUGUACUGAGACCGAGACCCAUCUUCCUCACACACCUGAAAAUGCUAGAAAUGCUGUUUCUGUUGGAUAUUUCUGACCAAAUCAUGACUACACACUGUAACAAUGUUCAUGUCCAAAUAAAAAAAGCUUAGCGUUUGAUAUUAA